GGGGGGCUCCGCACCGGCAGCGGCGGCCUGGCCGGCACCUUCCAGCUGAGGAUCUCAAAGCAUUCUAAAAAUAUGAGUGUAAAUGUGCAACACCUUAUCCUAUUAUCCCGAGAUGAGGCAAAUCUGAGACACAGUGAAUAAGCAUCUGACCUUGACAACACUGCUGAGCACAGUGCUUAUUAGUGAGCGCCUCCUUGGCACUGAGCUGGUUACUAUGAGCUUGCUACAAAGUGAUAACAGCUGUGGAGCCAGAGAACUGGAGAGUGGCUGCUGUGCAGCCAUGGCCAGCGCAUGCAGUGCUGGAGCAAAAGAAGACAGUGCAAGUGUCAGCAGUGGGACUGGAAAUGCACCAAAUUCCUUCACAGAAGAGACCCAGGGAUAUGAUGUGGAGUUUGAUCCGCCCCUGGAAAGUAAAUACGAGUGUCCUAUCUGUUUGAUGGCUCUUCGGGAAGCAGUGCAGACACCAUGUGGACACCGCUUUUGCAAAGGCUGCAUUGUCAAAUCAAUAAGAGAUGCAGGUCACAAAUGUCCAGUAGACAAUGAAAUUCUACUUGAAAAUCAACUUUUCCCUGACAACUUUGCGAAGAGGGAAAUCCUCUCGCUAACAGUGAGAUGUCCCAACAAAGGGUGCCGUUUGAAGAUGGAGCUGAGACAUCUAGAGGAGCAUCAGUUGCAGUGUAACUUUUCAUGUGUGGAAUGCCCGCAGUGCCUGGGCUCCUUCCAGAAGAAUCAGAUGAAAGAGCACAUGACACAGGAAUGUCCACGGCGGAAAGUCUGCUGUCCCAACUGUGCCACGUCUAUGGCUUAUGAAGAUAAAGAGCAUCAUGAAGAGCACUGUCCACUGGCAAAUGUGUUUUGUGAAUAUUGUAAUACUGUGCUCAUUAGAGAACAGAUGCCUAAUCAUUAUGAUAAUGACUGUCCUACAGCCCCAGUACCAUGUACUUACAGUGCCUUUGGAUGUCCUGAAAAGAUGCAGAGAAAUGAAUUGGCACGCCACAUGCAGGAAUUUACUCAGGUUCACAUGAGAAUGAUGGCUCAGACUCUCCUAAGUGUCAGUGUGACUGCCACAGUUCCUGUAUCCUUCUCCAAUGGCCCAUCCUUUGAGCCAGGCCUCUUCUCCCACCCUUCAUCUUCCCCAUAUGAGUGCAACCCGGAAGUAGAGAACUUCAAGGAGACAAUUCAGCAGUUGGAAGGUCGCUUGGUAAGACAGGAUCACCAAAUCAGAGAGCUGAUUGCUAAAAUGGAAACUCAGAGUAUUAACAUGGUUGAGCUCAAACGUACUAUCAGAAACCUAGAGGGGAAAAUUGCUGAAAUGGAGGCACAGCAAUGUAAUGGCAUUUAUAUCUGGAAGAUUGAGAAUUUCUCUUCACUUCUGAAAGCCCAAGAAGAAGAAAGGCCUGUUGUGACACACAGCCCUGGCUUCUACACUGGAAAACCUGGCUACAAACUCUGUUUGCGUCUGCAUAUCCAGUUACCAAAUUCUCAGCGUUGUGCUAACUUUAUAUCCCUUUUUGUCCAUACUAUGCAAGGGGAAUAUGACAGCUACCUGCCUUGGCCAUUCCAGGGCACCAUACGGCUUUCUAUUCUGGAUCAGUCUGAAGGACCUGAAAGGCUGAAUCAUGAAGAAGUAAUGGAAGCCAAACCUGAGCUGCUAGCCUUCCAGAGACCAACAGUCCACCGCAACCCAAAGGGUUUUGGUUACGUGACUUUCAUGCACCUGCAAGCUCUGAAACAAAGAACCUUUGUAAAAGAUGAUACCCUUCUUGUGCGCUGUGAAGUUGUAACACGAUUAGAUUUUAACAGUCUCCGGAGGGAGGGAUUUCAGCCCCGUAGUACUGAAGGUGUAGUGUAGUCUGUACUUUAACCAGAAGAGUCCUGCUUCCCUUCCACAACAGACUAUAGGGACAAAACAUAUAGUCAAAGAGAUUUUCCAGUAAUGUAAAAAAAUUUCAUGAGAAGACUUUACGACUGAAACAGUGUCUCUCUACAGGACAACAUGGUUGUUUUUUGACUCAAUAGAACCUGUUUGACUUUGGUAUAAGAUUUCAUUCCCACUACCCUCUUCAUAUGUUGUGUGUCUAAAUACUCAUAAUUGUUCUUUAUUAACCUAUUAAGCUAACUGAAUGGAGCAAGGAUACAUUUUCAAACUUAAAACUUCUGCAGAGG